GCUAGGGUUUUAGUUUACAGAUGUUCUAUUAAUUAAGAGAAUAAGAUGUACAGAUUUUGAUAAUUGCAAAUCAAAUUACCAAAAAUGAAGCACGAAUUGAUGCGGUCCUUUGAUUUCUCCAGCGAAUAGUGUGAGUUGAGUAGUGUAAAGUGAUUCAGUAUCAUGACGAGGAUAGACCGAGUUCUAGGUGAUUCUAUUAAGAAGAAUGUGCUCUCUCCCGUCUCUGCUGAUGUAAUAUUUGCGUCUAGUCGUUUUCCGACUUACAAAGUUGGAGCUAACAAUCAGAUUGUGGAAGUGAAUGAUGGUCAGAAGAUAUUGGCAAUGAAGGAAGCUGUUGCACGUGAUUCAGCUCAGAUCCUUGAGCAGCAGAAGCGUCUCUCGGUUCGUGACCUUGCCAAUAAUUUUUCGAAAGGUUUGGCUGCUGCAGCUAAGUUGUCUGAAGAGGGUAGACUUAGGGAGGCAGUUCCAGUGGAGAAACACGCGCUUGUGAAAAAGCUCAGAGAUGCGUUGGAAUCACUUAGAAGUCGUGUGUCUGUUACUAACAAGGAUGAUAUAGAGGAAGCUAUUUCUAUGGUUGAAGCGUUGGCAGUUCAGCUCACUGAAAGGGAAGGUGAGAUAAUUCUAGAGAAGGCAGAGGUGAAGAAGCUCACAGAUUUCUUCAAGAAGGCUUCAGAAGAUGCUAAGAAACUUGUUGACGAAGAGAGAUCUAUUGCUCGGGCAGAAAUUGAGAAUGCCAGAGCUGCUGUUCAGAGAGUGGAAGAAGCUCUUCAGGAACAUGAACAAUUAUCGCGUGCUUCUGGCAAUCAGGAUCCGGAAGAACUAAUGAAGGAAGUUCAGGAGGCUAGACGUAUUAAAAUGCUGCAUCAACCCAGCAAGGUUAUGGACAUGGAACAUGAGCUUCAAGCACUGAGAACUCAGCUUGCCGAGAAAUCUAAACAAUCGCUCAAGCUUCAGAAAGAGCUUGCAAUAACUAAGAGGGUAGAGGAAUACAUGGUGGAGUUUUACGAACUUGAUGGUCUUGAGGCUCUAGGUUCAUGUUUGAGGGUCCAAGCUUGCUCUAGUACUGCUCCUGAACUUUCUAGUUGUACGAUCCAGUGGUACCGUCUAACAACUGAGGGUGGCAAAAAAGAGCUUAUCUCAGGAGCCACUAAACCAGUGUAUGCUCCAGAGCCAUUUGAUGUAGGUCGAAUCCUGCAAGUUGAAGUGAUUUUGGAUCAACAACUCGUCACAUUAACCACCACCAGUCCCAUUGAUCCUGUUCCAGGAUUGGGAAACUAUGUUGAAGCAUUGGUGCGAAGACAUGACACCGAAUUCAAUGUAGUGGUGAUACAGAUGAAUGGUACGAAUCACCUUUCCCAAGCUAUCCACAUUCUCAUUGUGGGAAAGAUGAGGAUGAAAUUGUGUAGAGGCAAGGAAACUGUUGCCAAGGAAUUCUACUCCACUUCAAUGCAGGUGUGCGGGAUAAGGGGUGGUGGGAAUGCUGCAGCUCAGGCUCUGUUUUGGCAAGCCAAAGAAGGGUUUUCAUUCGUUUUAGCAUUUGAAUCAGAAAGGGAAAGAAAUGCAGCCAUUAUGCUUGCAAGGCGGUUUGCCUACGACUGUAACAUAAUGCUCGGGGGUCCAGAAGAUAGAACUCCCUCUAGGUAAGUGUGCGUGCUGUUGGUAUGUAUCAUCAACCUUAAAAUUUAUGUAAAUAUCUGUUUGUGUUGUGUUAAAUGGUCAUAUUAAUAUAUUAGUAUUGCUUGAUUUGUUGUUGUUGUUGGUUGUUUGGACUAAAGUAACAUUUAUUUUUUGGAGAGUCUGAUUUCCUUUUUGUUAUUUGAUACAAGUUUUUAAUUAACCAUU